UUUAAUAUCAUCUAAUAUCUAGUCCAUAUUCAAAAGUUUCCCCCUAUCUUGCUCCCAAAAUGUGUUUUGUAUCCAGGAUAUAAUCAUGUUUCAUGCAUUACAUUUGAUAACUGUGUCUCUUAAGCCUCUUUUAACUUGGACCAGUCUCCCCUCACUCCCACUUUUUUUCCCAUGACCACGUCUUGUUGAAGAGUCUAUACCAGUUUUCCUGGAAUGAUCUUUUUAAAAUGUAAAUCCAGUCAUCUCUUUCCCUGUUGUGUGGAGAAUAAAAUGUGGAGCUAAUAGCUUCCCAAUGGCCUUAGAAUAGAAUACAGCCUUUAGCAUGAGCUGUUCAUAAGACCUGUGUGCUUUGGCCCAUCCCAAAUCCUCAGUUCAUUAUCAUCUUCCAUCUUGCUUACCACACUUCAGCCACACUGAUAUCCCUUCAUUUCUUUGAAUUCCCCAGGCCCUUUCCUGGGCCUUUGCAUUGUUUCCUCUGCCCUUAUACUUUGUUCCAGCCCUUCAAAUAGCCAUUUUAUUUUUAUCCCUUAGUCCUCAGCUCAGUUGUCCUUCCCUUUGACAGACCUUCUCUGACUACUCCAAGCCCUCAGAGAGGUCUCCUCUUCUCCACCCCCAUCAGUUCCUCUCUCCCAUCUCCCUUUUAUUUCCCUGUAUUUCUGUUUAAUUGUUUACGUAUUCAUUUUUUGUUUCCCCCACUAAACUGUAAUCUCUGUGAGGGCUGGACCCCCUACUUCCUAGCAUGAUGCCUGGCACAGUAUUCAGAAGUGUUUUAGAUCACAGCUUGGAAAGCCUCAUCCACCGCCUUCGUGGUUUGUGUGACAACAUGGAACCGGAGACUUUCCUUGACCAUGAGAUGGUAUUCCUCCUUAAGGGCCAGCAGGCCAGUCCGUUUGUUCUAAGGGCUCGACGCUCUAUGGAUAGGGCAGGGGCACCCUGGCAUCUGCGCUACCUGGGACAGCCAGAAAUGGGAGACAAGAACCGCCAUGCCCUGGUGCGUAACUGCGUGGACAUUGCAACAUCUGAGAACCUUACUGACUUCCUGAUGGAAAUGGGUUUCCGCAUGGACCAUGAGUUUGUUGCCAGGGGACACCUGUUCCGUAAGGGCAUCAUGAAGAUCGUGGUGUACAAGAUCUUCCGCAUCUUGACACCAGGGAACACAGACAACACUGAGGCCUUGUCACUCUCCUACCUUGUGGAACUAAGUGUUGUUGCACCAGCUGGGCAGGAUGUGGUGUCUGAUGACAUGAGGAACUUUGCAGAGCAGCUGAAACCUCUGGUUCACCUAGAGAAAAUAGACCCCAAAAGGCUCAUGUGACAAGGCAGUCUGUCCACCACUGGGGCUUGUCCUCAGCUGUUAGAAAAAAAGAAGAUGUUAUAAUUGCCCCAUUUCACCACUGCUAGCCAGGCAUUCUUCCCUCAGGAAGGAGGACAAUGAGAACUUAGUUGGUUCUUUGCACUGUUUUCCUCAUAUGGCCAGUUCACUUUUGUGACAGCCUUUCUAAAUUAAAGGCUAAGGAUGACAUGGAGAAUCUAGAUAAUCCCUCUGCAUAAAGAGGGGAAACUGGAAUAAAAUAGCUUUGGGGAAUAAAAAUCUUUUAAUUGUUUUGCCAUUUGUGUGUAAGGUUUGUAAAACAGAGACUGAGUUUGUAUUGUGCAGUAAUAAAGGCUAUAAAGAGAAA